AUGAAAGCCAGAGACGUCAAUCUCAACGGUAACUUCUCACUCGCACAAAAGCCCCACGAACCCGAGGACGGCCGGGACACACCACGGGCAGCAGGCUGGCACAAGGCAGCGGACAACGCCAGGAUCGGGAACGACACCACCACUCAGCCACAGGCACCUGAGAGAACCAACCGGGAGCGUUCCGGGAGCACCGGGGGGGGGGUCCGAGUCCGGGCCGGGACCGGCCCCACCACCUAUCGGCUCACCCGGGGACCCUCUCCCCCGACUCCCGAGACGUCCCUCGUACUCUCCUUUUUUCGCCCUCAAAGACCAGAGUCCAGGGAGGGGAGGAGGACAAGGCGUCGGGCCCAGACAGAACUACUGGUCGACCCGACAAAGCUGCCACCCCCCGCACAGACCGGGCACCGAAGAGAGAGCGGCGACGCACGGCCCCACCCCGCGCUCGCCUGCGGGCGCAAAGUCCGACAGAACAGCCGCCCCGGCGCCACAGCGACACCACGGCGACAGUCGCGCCCGGCACCCGGCAGAGGCCGGGCCUCCGCCCGGCUCGCUGCCGCCAGACCUCCUCCUCCUCCACUCGCUCGCUCGGCUGAGAACGAGGGGACUGUCAUAUCAAAGCGGACGCCAGGGGGAGCACGACAACCGCCUUCCAACGACCGACUCCACCGAGCCGCCGUACCCCGGAUCGGCGCGCGCCGGCCGGCUCUGAGCUCCGGAGACACAGAACACGGAAACAAAUCGCCUCACUCACCACCGCCACGCACCGAGUGGCACAACCUAGGUCAGGACCUGCAGCCGGGUCCUCUCUGCGACCUCACGAACGACACCAGAGCCACCAGAGACCUAGACCGAGAUCGGGCCGCCGCCGCCGCCGCCGCCGCCGCCAGCGACCAAAGUGAAACCAGGAACCAGGACGAGAUUCGCCCGAACGGAGCGGCCCGAACCCGAGAACCGGGAAGCUGGGAUCGGUCCCAAGCAGGAAGGGGCGGCAAAGACGGCAGGCCCGCACCACGAGAGAAAACGAACCGGCCACCCGCACGACCUCCGCCGCCCGUGGCAAGACCCCCACCCCCGCCCAACAUGGCCAGAAAAGGGCAAAUGGAAACCAGAAAGAGAAAAAAAAAAAAAAAAAAAAACUCCCAAAGAUGGGUCGGCUCCAGCAAGAGACGAGCCGUCGGGAGGCACCCCGCUCACUUGUGAAAGUCCGCUCCUCGCCCGCCCCACAACACACUCCCUCCCCCC